GAAUUGGUUCAGGUUAUACGUCACAAUAGAGUACCAAACACUUGUUUGAAACAAGACAUCAGUUCGUGUUGAAUUUUGAUCAGUUCAUUUUGACGUAUUUUUUAACGCAUUCAACGUUUACAUCGAUUGUUAUCGAUUUGAGCAAGAAGAAUCGCUUUGAGUGAGGAAUAAUUUCCAAACAAUAUCAACUGUGGUUGUUUACAAGCAAAACUAGUGCGAUAGCUGAUAUAGCCGGUGAAUUUGACAUAUAGUUCGGAGCGCAACCACAGAUGGCCACAUUGAAACGGUUUGAAAACUGAGACGACCUUUAUACGUCACCAAGGCGCAUCAUCAAACUGUCAAAUCAUGAAAAAGUGAUGCUUGUUUCACACAACAGGCUCUCCGUACAGAAUUGAAACGAUAGAGAAAAAAACUUUGAAGUUUUCCUGUAUAUUUAUAACGUAAGUUCAUGAGCACAAACUAUUUAGCCGCCGACAUUCGACGAUAAUAACAUCAUUUCAUCAUAAUUCGCAUCGAAUAAUUGCGUGUGCGUUGUGUGUUAGAGGUAAUUUGGUUUUCUUUGGUUCUUAUUGGACGCCGGUGUUGUGCAGUGAAAAUGCAUAAAAUUCACUGUUAAUGGCGCAAGACAGAGAGUGAAAAAAACAUUCGAUUGACAUUCGCAUUGCAAACAGAAAGUCGAUUCAAUUCCAAUCUAAAGAAGAAAAAAAUCGGCUCGUUCUUCGGGGCAUGCCAUUGCUUUUUUUAAUAUCCGAACUAGUACAUUCAAAGUAUUUUGAUUCAGCGGCAAAUUCAUUUUUACUCAGACUGUUCAAUUUCUACAAAUCAAUUCGAAAACAAGUGAUAGAUACAUCAAAAAUGGUUACAACUGAGAACGACAUAACCUUCAAAAAAGUUAUUUUUGAGGGUGGCGAACAAAGUGCACACGAAACGGAUGGUGCUAGCAUAGUGGUUGUGGGCAGUGCUGGUUCGCACGAUCAUGGUAGCUCGAAAAUAAAAUUGAAAAACAUCGUUGAUUACAAGUGGGAGGUGAAAAAUUACAUUGGCCGAUUGAUUGCUGUGCAUCUCGAAGGCAAAUACGUUGCGUAUGCAAUUAAAGUCGCUGGCAAAAAAGGUAAUAUCGAAGGAAUGGUUCGGGUUACAAACCCAGUCACCGGUCAACGAGCUCUCAUUCGUGGCAAAUCCAGUGAAGUGCUUGACUUACAGUUUGCCCAUAUUAAAUCGCAAAUUAUAUUGGCUUCCAUUGAAAAUACCGCUCUUCAUAUCCAUAAAAUUGAAACGGUCAACGACAGCAUCAUUUGCACGUUGCUUCUGAAAGUUGACGAUCCCAUUGAGGGUCAUGUACCGAGAUUCGACAAAGUGAAUUGGUGUCCGUAUGUGCCCGAAAACGAAACCGAAAGCGACAGUGAUGCCGGCAAACUUUUGGUUUGGACACGAGGCAACAGUUUUCAGUGUUACAACGUGGGAUCGGUGGUUGAUAGCUAUGGAAUCGGAACGCAUCAUGCUAACGAAAUAACUGAAGGUUCAUUGAAGUUUGAUGAGGUGUCUGCGAUAACAGAUGCUUCGCUGUCUCCAGACGGCACCACAUUGGCCAUAACACUUGAAGAUGGUGAUAUUCGCUUUUACCAAGUCUAUUUCCACAUCAAUGAAGACGAACCACGACUCUUACACCAAUGGACGCCACAUGACAAGAAACCAGUUAAUGGCUUAUUUUUUUUGGACGAUCAUACCAAAUCGGCUGCUGGAACUUCACUGUGGAAAUACGCGAUCACCGCAAGUGACAACAAUACCGAAUACAAAAUUUGGUGUUGCGCAUCAUGGGAAUGUAUGCAAACGAUACGUUUCGAAGCGGCUGAUGGCAAGCCAAUGUUCUUCAAAACCGAAAUCGAUCCCACAUCAUCGUAUCUCGUGUUGACUGAUGCCAAGAAUCGAAACUUGUACGUCAUGCAAAUCGUGCAAACGGACGACGGUUCGAAAAGCGACAACGAUCAAAGUAGUUCGAAUGGAACGAAACCACUUGCAUUUAUCAAAUCGAUCACCGAAUUUCCCGUAUCAUCGCCAAUUCUAAGCUUUGGCAUUGUCGAUGCGCCGGUUCGCAAAUACAAAUGCGCAUACAAUGACAUGUACUUGCUCGAAGAUCUCGAAGAUUACGAUGAGGAUACAUUGAAUCGUUAUUGUGUUGUGAUCCAUUUGUUCUUGGUGCAACCGAAGAGCGUACAAGAAUGUCAUGUUCUGUAUCAGCCAUCGUUGACCGAAGAUGUUGAUGUUGGCAGCUCGGUGUCGGCAUUGUCAGAAGGUGUGAAUAAUGAACGCGAAGAAGAAUUGUCAAAUGAUUUGGCAACAAUUUUGAAUAUCAAGUCUUCACACGAUGACUCAUCAGGCGGUUCACUGUCGAGCGCAUCGAAAUCGGGCAUUCAGAUGCGUGGAUUGCUUGAUUCCAGCACCAGUGGCAAUGAAGGUGCCAAAUUAGCUGAAUUGACCAAGGGUGAGAAGUCGGCUUCACAACAAUCGAUUAAUAAACCAUCGUCAGCUUUGAAUUUACUCACUCCAGACUCGUUCCAUUCAUCUGGUAAACUCACACCUGAAGGCGUCAGCAACGAAGUUUACUCGACGUUGCGCAUGUUGGCCGGCGAAAAACCCGUGGAAAGUGCACCAAAUCCACUUCUCCAGUUGGUGAACAACAAACAAAGCGGCGACGAAUCGGACAACGUGCAAUUGUUGCAACAAGUUUCGGAGGAAAGUAAUGGAACCAUUGAAAACAGCCCAGAAAUUGUUCCACCAUUGCCACCAGCAUCGAUGCUCACCACAGGCGUUUCGGGCGGAUCAAGUCCAAGCCGGGAAGUUCAAGAGAUUUUAUCACAAAAAGGCUCCGAUUGCAUUAAUGACUUUUACAGCAACUCCAUUGACAUUCAAGAUGACACAGACGCAAGCGUAAAUAACGGUGAUGUGGCCGAUGGCAACGACGAAGAAAAGAACAGCAACCAAGACGAUGAUGAAACUUACACUUUGAAUAACAUGACCGAACCCACGAACCAAGCAAACAACGGUAUCACCGCAUCAAGUAAGACCGAUUGGCCAGAUGCACCGACUGUAAUGCAAACAUUCAACCACAACCCAGCAUCGGCUGGACCAAUCAACGAUAUUAACAUCAAACUUGAUCAGUUGAUGGAAAUCAUUCAGACGCAAAAUUGCCAACUCUCAGAACUUCGCAACGAAGUCAUUGAACUGAAAAAAUCUCAUUCCAAUGCCGCAACCGCAUCAAAAACCGUUUCAAACACGGAAAUCAAUACACAAAAACUUGAACUUCGUCUGUCGCGUUUAAUCGAAGAAUAUCUGAUGCGCUACGAACGCGAACACAGCAAACGGCUUGAAGCGUUCUUAAUGGCACGAGACAAUCAAAUUCGUGAUAUUCGUGAUAAUCUUGUGAUUGGAUUGGGUCCCGUAUUGUGCAAUCAGUUGAGCGGCCAAUUGGCGCAAUUGUUUGUAAACGAAAUACAGAAACAUUUGUUGCCAGUGGUUGGAGCACGUUUGGAUGGUAUCAAAGCACAAAUUCAAGCCGAGAUCGCACAGAAGCUCACCAUCACCGACAAAGUUAUCAAAGAAAACAUCUCCAACAUUUGCAAUAGUAAGCAAACAAUGGACAUUUUCGGUCACUCGGUUGUUAAUGGAAUCAAAGGUGGUUUACAAGAAACAUACAUUCAAUCCAUGCGAUCGAUCGUAUUGCCGGCUUACGAAAAGGCCAACGCUGAACUCUUCAAGCAACUCUAUGACACAUUCAACAAGGGAACCAUUGCAUAUACAAAUCAACUUGCAAGCUACACAAAAAUGUACGAGCCAAUUCAUGCCGAAUUGGCCAACUUGAUGCGAGCUGUUCCAGAGCAAUUGCGUAGUUUGAACGAAGCAACAGUCAAUAUGUGCACACAACGUGUGAGCGGCGAAAUCAACAAGGAUAUCAAGGUUAUGCAAGUGAACCUGUUGAAAACAUUGAAAGAAAACAUCAAACAGGAGAUCAAAAAAGGUUUCGAAACGCAAGCAGCGAGCUUGGAAGAUUCGGUUAUAAUGGCGGUGCGUUCGCAAGCCCAGACUCCAGCACCAAGCCUGUUCGAUGUGCAAGAGCAAAUAAAAACGUUGUUGAACCAAGGUCAAAUCAACAAAGCGUUCCAUCAGGCAUUGCUGGCAAACGAUUUGCAUUUGGUUGAAUACGCACUCGAGCGUGCCGAUUACAAUCAAGUAUUCAAUCCAUGUCCACUGGAACAAACCGUGUUGCUGUCAUUGAUCCAACAAAUCUCCGCCGAUAUGUCAAAUCACACUGAUCUGAAGCAAAAGUAUUUGUCCGAUGCCAUAAUCAAUUUGAAUAUGCGCGAUCCCAUCACCAAAGAGCAUGCGCCAAAGGUUCUCAAAGAAUUGUUGUUGAAUUGUCAAAACUUUGUGUCAGCCAAUCCGCACAGUUCGCUCAGCACUGGCGUUCGUAUGCUCAUCAUGGCUGUUCAAGGAUUUGGCAUCAGUUUCAUGUGACACGAUCGUAAGAAGCGCUUAAUUAACACAACAACAUUACCAUAACUUACUCUACACACAUAUAUUUUGUCCACAUCCUUUCAAAUCCCUAACAAAAAACAAAAAACAAAAAACAAAUCUCUUAAUCUGUUUCCGUACUCAUAAAAAUUACGACAAAAAAAAACAAACAAAAUACAUUCAUUCAAUAUUAUCGUCUUCUUUUUAGUUGAUUCCAACGAUUCGAAAUCCACACACACAUACACACAAAUUGUUAUAUUAUAUUUCGAUGAUCAACUUUUGUGAACAGUUUAAAAUUUAUUGAAUAAAUUACAUUAAAAUUGCAUUUCUUAUUUGAAAAAUAAAAA